AUGACACUCAACCGAAAUCCUAUCAAUUUCUUUGCAGAAGUGGAACAGAUAGCCUUCUGUCCCGCAAAUCUGGUGCCCGGUAUUGAACCCUCACCUGACCUACUAUUAGCCGGAAGACUGUUCUCCUAUUCAGACACUCAAAGAUAUCGUUUGGGCGCAAACUUCCAUUUACUUCCCGUAAACAAAGCCCACAAUCGUGUGAUGGCACCGACACAACGGGACGGCCCCAUGCGAUCGGACGACAAUAUGGGCCCUCAACCUAACUAUUAUCCCAAUUCAUUCUCGGACGUGAGAGAUGACCCUAAAAUGUUGGAGUCUAACUUCACAGUUAACGGUAAUGGUGGUAAUGGAGUGAAUGAUCAUGUAGUGGUGUAUCGAUAUGAUGACAAGAAUGACCACAACUACGAACAGGCCCGAGACCAGUAUAAUAGCUACAGUAAGGAGUGGAAGGAAAGGCUGCACAGAAACCUGGCCACCGCUAUGAAUGGUGUGCACGCCUUCAUCAGAGACCGCACUCUCGAAGAGCUCCGAAAAGUGGAUCCUUUGUAUUCGAACGGAGUCCGCACUGAAAUCAAUAGAUUGGCCAAAAAGUUGGCAAAUUAA